AUGACAACGGAAAAUAUCUAUAAGCCAAUAACAACACCCCCUAAGAUGCAAGCUAACGCACCGUCGGACUCGCUUUUAAAUCAACCUAAGCUCUAUGUAAGCGAGUUACAACACAGUAUCGUUGAAGAAGAACUAAAAAAGAUAUUUCAGGAUGUUGAUCCAGUGAGGGUUGAAAUUCAUCGUCAGCCUGGAAGUAACGCGCCCGUAAAUGGCAUCGUUUAUUUUUCAUCGAUAGAAAACGCGGAAAAGGCGUUCGCUAUUUACAACAAUAAGAAAUUAGAAGCGUAUAAAUCGUAUCUAAAAUUACAUAUUACUGAUCCCGCUAUUACCGGACAAGAACCACAAGCUGAAGCACUUAUUCUACAAGUUAAGCAUUUGCCGCUCAAUACUUCAAACAUUAUUAUAUUCAAUCUUUUCCGACCGUUUGGGCCCUUGUUUUCCACAAGGCUACAAUAUCAAGAACAUAAGUUUAAGGGAUGUGCCAUGGUACAAUUUUUCAAACAAGACGAUGCCAAUAAAGCUUUAGCCAAUAUGAAUGGUUAUCAAUUAGAAGGAAAGAAUAUUACCGUACAACAAUAUAAUGCUGUUAACACCCGCCCUAGCAAACCUGCGAAUAUCCGCACAAACAUUACAAAUCCUAAUUUAACCGGGGCUGGACAACAAUUUUCUCCUCCGGGAAAUUACAGCACCCAACAAUCACCUGCGUCUCCGGGUCCUGAAGGCCCUAUUGUGGAUCCAUGUAAUUUGUUCAUCAAGAAUCUUGAUGCUAAUAUCUCUAGCAGUGAUCUUUUCAAUCAUUUUCGUCGAUUUGGUCGUAUCAUUAGUGCUCGUGUCAUGAGAGAUCAAGAGACUAACAAUUCAAAAGGAUUUGGGUUCGUCAGUUAUACUUCUGCUGAAGAGGCGGAUAGAGCCAAGUCAUCUAUGCAUGGAAAGACUCUCGGAACAAAACAAAUUGUUGUAAGGCUCCAUGAGCCCAAAAAAUUACGUGAAGCCAAAUUGGCAAACCAAUAUAAUUGUAGCCCUACUUCUCCAUCUGAAAGUCGCGCUCCUUCCAGGCGUAACUCAGAUUAUUUUAUUAUUAAUACUGCUAAUGAAUUUGGGCAGGAAGAUCUUUCUGGUUUGGCUCCGAAAGCCCGUAGGGAAGUUCUGAUGUCAGAGCUGCAAAAACGAUUCAAGCAUAUUCCCAGUAUUCCUGCUGAAGAAGUUAACCCAAUCAUUGAAUAUUUAUUGAGCAUGAAAACACCUGAAAUUCUACACAUUCUCAAGGAUGCUACUUCUUUGUCACAAAAAAUUACAGAAGCGAGGCAUCAUCUUAUGCUUGAGAAGAAACGCCGUAGUACUGAAGAAGCGCCUUCAGUUACUGCUGGUAUUAAUACAAGUAGUAACGCUCAUAACGUUCAAGCUUUAUCAUCGCAAGUGCCACAACGCGAAAAGUUUCUUAAAUCUAUCAAGAAGCUUUGUAGCCGUAAUCCUGAAGAAGUUCUCGAUCUUAUCAUGACAUUGAGUCAAAAAGAGAGGUCAUUGUGCUAUUUUAAUGCUGAUUAUCUUACAAAAAAAAUUUUGGAAGCCAAUCAAGCAUUAGAAGCAGUUAAUUGUGACGAAGACGCCCAAGCAUCUUCUUCUAAAACUCCGAUUAACUCAUCUGUAGCCAAAUCCGAAUCCACACAACUUGUAGAUCCAACUACUGUUUAUGCUCGUGAUUCCGCAUACGAUGAAACUGAACAAUUUAUGGAGAGCCUUAAAAACAAACCCCUUCUUGAACAAAAGCAAAAAUUGGGUGCUCGCCUGUUUCCAAAAGUCAAAGAGUUCAACCUUAAGAGUGCUGUUGCUAGUAAGGUUACUAUUAGCCUUCUGGACUCGUAUGACCUCCGUGACCUGGCUCACUCGAUGAACGAUCCUGAGAAGUUUAAGCAAAGAGUUACCGCCGCCUCUGAAAAAAUAGGUGUUUCAAAAUAA